UUGGGGGACGGACGCGCCGAAGAGGCGCCUUAGAAGCAUGGCGGAGCUCGCUGCGGCGCCGUCUCCACGGCAGCGGCUGGACACGUGUUUGGAGCUUCUGGGAGCCGCCGCGGGUCGCCCCGAGCAGUUCCUCAGUGUCCAGGAUGGCCUUGCCGCUGACUUCGUCGCCUUGACCAAAGCGCUCUACGAUUUUCAUCACGCCCUCCAAGGAGAAACCGUGGCUGGAAGCCCUUUAGAACAGCUGGUGGUUGAGAACUUCGAUGAGGAGCAGAUCUGGCAACAGCUGGAGCUCCAGAACCAUGCCGUCCUGGGGUCCUUGAAGAAAGCAGUCGCGAGAAACGUGGAGGACGAGGGAAAGGGGCUGCUUUCCCUUCUCCCAGACAUUGAGGAGGAGGAGGAAGAUGAGGCAGGAGAUGGUGAGGAGGACAUGGAUACGGAGGACCAAGCGGAGAUGGAACCCAGCAGCAGUCACAGUGAAGAGGAAGAAGAUCUUGAGCAGAAGAAAAGCAAUUCGGAAGCCUCCAAAAAUGGUCUUUUCAGCGACGAGGAUUCUGAGCUGGACUUUGAUAUCGAUAAGUUAGAGCAGCAAACCCAAAAGUCAAAGAACAUUAGGAAAAAGACGGGGACAGACUCCCAGGUGGACGACAGAUUUUUCAAACUCUCCGAGAUGGAGGCUGCAUUGGAGGCAGAGGAGAAAGAAGGAAACAAAGAUAAUGACAGCGAUGGAAUAGAUUAUUUCGAAGAGAUUUUCUCUGAAGAUGAUGAUGACGACGAGGAGGAGGAGUUUGGAGCAACGAAGAAGAAGGCAAUUAAAAGUGCUCGCGAUCUUAAAUAUAAAGAUUACUUUGAUCCUGUGGAUGAGAGCUGCGAUCCCCUGGAUGAAAAGGAGGAUGAUCAAAAUAACCAGAGUGGAGAAGGUGGAGAAGAAGAGGAGGAAGAGGAAGAAGGCAGUGCUGAGAACGCUCCCCAGAGCGCUGAGGACGUGGGUGGAAUGAGACAGACCGAACGUGGGAAAAGCAAAGACCCUUCGAAAAGAGUGACUUUCUCCUUGCCCUUCGACAGCGACGUUGAAGAGGAAACUGAGCCAUUCCAGGAAAAAUCUAACAAGCCUCCCGAAAUGAAAUCAUCCUUCGAGAAAAGACAGGAAAAGAUGAGUGAAAAAAUAAAAUCCCUCGAAGAGGAGCUGCUGAAGGAGAAGUCGUGGCAACUGAAGGGCGAAAUUGUGGGGCAGAAGAGACCAGAGAACAGCCUCUUGGAGGAGAUGCUGCUGUUUGACCACGCAGUCCGAAUGGCUCCUAUGGUCACGGAAGAAACGACGCUUGAGCUGGAAGAGAUUAUCAAGAGAAGGAUAAAAGACCAGGCUUGGGAUGAUGUUGUCCGUAAAGAAAAACCAAAAGACGAUCCAUUUGAGUAUAAGAAGCGUUUGACUCUGGAUCAUGAGAAGAGCAAAUUGAGUCUGGCUGAAAUUUACGAGCAGGAAUAUUUGAAACUGAACCAGAAAAAAACGGAAGAGGAAGAAAAACCCGAGCAUAUCGAAAUACAGAAAAUGAUGGACUCUCUCUUCGUCAAACUGGAUGCUCUGUCCAACUUCCACUUCAUGCCGAAACCGCCUGUGCCGGAAGUUAAAAUCGUCUCCAAUCUCCCAGCGAUCACCAUGGAAGAGGUCGCUCCGGUGCAUGUUAGUGAUGCUGCCCUACUGGCACCUGAAGAAGUCAAGGAGAAGCACAAAGGGGGCGAUGUGAAAACCGAUGCCGAGAAGACCCCCACGGACAAGAAACGGGAUCGUAGGAAGAAGAAGAUGAUGAAACGCCUGAAGCUGAAGGAGAAGGAGAGGAGGCAGAAACUCCUGGAGAGUAAAUCGGAACCCAGCGCCAAGCUCAGCAAAAAAGCCUCGGAGGCCCAGCUGAAAAAGCUGACCAAGGAAAGGGGCACCUCCUUGCUUAAGGAUGACGGCCGAGACAAAGCUUUGAAGUCCUCCAAGGCUUUCUUUUCUCAGCUGCAAGAUCAAGUGAAAAUGCAAAUUAAGGAGGCGAAGAAAAGCCAGAAGAGACCAAAGAAGCGGGAACUUUCUGCCCAGAAGCUAAAGCUAUGAUAAAUUAUGCAUGCCCUGCUUUGUAUAAAUUAAAAUAAGGGUGGGAUUUUUAUUAUUUUCUUAAUUUAAAACUCUGCUUUGAAUUAAACUCUGUUGAUAGGCAUACGCAUAUCCCCUUUUCUCUUGAAGUCACUGCUGUAUGCAGGGUCUCCGUCCGGUACGGUCACAUUUAAAACUGCCACAUUGCCUUUCUUUGACUGCAGCCUGCGGUCACUUCUGACUACUUGUCAUUCCAAGCAUUUUGCAGUCAAAGGAACGAAGGAAUUAGGGACGAUGAGGUCCUGUUGAUUCUCGGCAAUAACAUAGAAGUGAUUCAUUUUUAUUUUUUAUUUAUUUCUCAGGCUUGCCUUUGAUCUUCCUCCCCAGUCAGCCAACUGCAACCCUGCAAAUUUUUCCAGCAGCAUCCUAGUUCCUUUUUCCCUGCCUUCUGUUGUGAAUCACUUGUAAAAAUGCCAGUACUGACUGGAGACACACUUUGAUGUGAAUCUUCGAAGGGAUUCGGGUGGUUUUUAAGCUUGGACAGAAUUAAUAUUAAAUCGGUGCAUAAGUUCUAUGUCAGUCCAGGGGUUUCAAUAGAAGGCGUAAUUUUUUUUUAAAAGUUUUUUAUUAAUAAUUCAAAUUUAAAAAACAAUGGACAUGGUUUGACAUCUCUGGUUUCUAACAUUUCCAUCUAAUUCAAAUUAAUAAUAUAUUCCUUAAUCUAUACACAAGUUUACAUAUAUCUUACUUCAUUACAUGUCAAGCAUACUACAUAAUUCCUCCUAAACAACUAUAUCCAUAUCCAAUAAACUUAAAUCACACACACAAGUUCAGUAUAUAUUGACAUAUAUAUUUCUAGACAUUCACUACACCUUCUUUUUGGCAUUCUUCCUCUUGUCUAACCAUUCAUAAAAUUUAGUCCAGGUUUCAUAAUAUGUUGAUUCACUUUUAUUUUUGAGUUCCAAAGUGAGCCUCUCCAUUUCUGCACAAUUGAAGAUUUUACAUAACAGCUCUUCUUCUGAAGGUGGAAGGCUUAAUAAGAUCUUCAUCUAUCCUCCGUUCCACACUUCUGAUUGCAUUUGUUUGGAAUCUGUAAAAUACCUUCUGGGAUUUGAUAUAUUUGUUCCUUGGCCAGGAGGAAUGAUAAGAAAAUGGUAGAGGGUUUCCUGCUUGGGCAGGUGGGUUGGACUAGAAGACCUCCAAGGUUCCUUCCAACUCUCUAGAGGUAGGUCAAAGGUCACGGUGCCAAGCUUCGAGCAGCGCACUGCCUUAGCUCCUGCGCUGUGGUCUUUCCUGCUUCUAUGAUCUAAUUCUUGGCUUUUACCUGCAUUAUCUCACCUAGAGAGGAUGGCAUCUUGAGAGGGGGGUGAAUAAUUUCUAUCCAAUUAGAAUACUGUUACUGUCCAGGCUUUUAUCUGCUUGUGUAAAACUGUAUAAAAAUAAAGCUCUCUACGAAGGCGGGAGAGACAUCUUGGAACAGAGCAAAAGCCUGGACCUCUGAUUUACAACACAACUCUUGUUACCUGUUACCUAUAACUCCGUUAUUCUGUACUCUGUAAAAGGUUUAUUGUAUUUUCAUGAGCUUGAAUUCCUCCUAAUGCCCCUAGGACGAUGGGUGGCUACUAUAUUUCAAAUCGUAGCCUGGUGUAUAUUAAAAACAAUUCUUUUGUAGAAAUUUAAA